CAGACCCCUCCCCGCGAGGCGAGCCGGGCCCUCCGGAGAACGGGAAGUCCAACGCCAUCGGCUCGGAGGUGGCCAUAUUCGUGGGCAUCGCCUCGGGCAGCGUCAUCUUCAUCAUCAUCAUCAUCAUGCUGGUCCUGCUGCUGCUGAAGUACCGGCGGCGGCAUCGUAAGCACUCGCCUCAGCACGCCGCCACGCUGUCCCUAAGCACCUUGGCCACGCCCAAACGAAGCGGCGGGGGCGGCAACAACAACGGCUCGGAGCCCAGUGACAUCAUCAUCCCGCUCAGGACUGCUGACAGCGUCUUCUGCCCGCACUACGAGAAGGUGAGCGGGGACUACGGACACCCCGUCUACAUCGUGCAGGAGAUGCCGCCCCAGAGCCCGGCCAACAUCUACUACAAGGUCUGAGGCGGAGCUUCUCCGGCAGAGGGCGGAGCCGAGGACUUGUUGGGGUUUUCGCGCCCACAAACAGACCCCCCCUCCUGUCCCUGGAAGUUUUGUUCCUUUUUCUUUCCCUCCUCCACUUUUUGAUGCUGGGGGGGCGCAGCGAGAAGGCCGCCGCUCUCUGGGGGGUUUGUCGUCCUGGGAUGAAGGAUGGAUGCGCCGAGCUCCUUCCUGUGGGGGGGCAGAGCGCCG